CAGCAGCUUCUAAACUGAGUUAAAGUCAGAAGAUAAAGGUCUAGGUCCAAUCGUUCAUUCUUCCUUUCUCUAUCAUCUCUCUUUGUCGCCGGCUAGACUAGUUGACUUGACAAAUCAUGUCAUCUCCAGAAGAUGGUGCAAAGGCAUAUGCAUUGGCUAUGAAACAUAGUCAAUCAGGUAAUUUAGAAUCAGCAUUAAAAUGGACAAAAAAAGCAUUGAGUAUCGAUCCAGGUUUAACAAAAGCAAAAAUUUUAUUAACAAGUUUGGAAAAAGGUCAUAUGCCUGGAUAUGAAGAAGGAAGUAGUAGUUCGGCAGCAGGUUCAACAGGAAAGACAAAUGGAAUGAAUGGACAUGCCAGCGCAGAAGGAUUAAAGAAACGUGCUACUGCAAGUUCAACAAGAGAAUCUCCAAGUACACCACAGCGGGAAUACACCGAAGUGCAGAUGAAGAUUGUCACUCAAGUGAACAAGUCAGGCAGAGAGAAUGACUACUACGGAGUAUUAGGGCUAAAAAAGUCCGAUGAACCAGAUGAAAAUGCAAUCAAAAAGGGAUAUAGAAAGCUAGCCUUGCAAUUACAUCCUGACAAAAAUGGAGCGCCAGGAGCAGAUGAAGCUUUCAAAAUUGUGUCUAAAGCAUUUACAAUUUUAUCAGACGCUGAUAAAAGGGCAAUGUAUGAUCGAUAUGGAGGAGAUCCUGAUUCCCGCGGAGGAGGCAGCAGUGCAGCAGGAAGAGCUUCCGGAUUUGGAGCAGGAGGUCCCGCGUUCCGAACGUAUGGCAAUGGAAUGGGAGGAGCAGAGAUUGAUCCUAAUGAUCUGUUCAAUAUGUUCUUCGGUGGAGGUAUGGGUAAUGGAUUCGGAGGGACAACUUUCUCGUUUGGGGGACCGGGUGGUGUGCACAUGCAUCAAUUUGGCGGGGGAAAUGCAUUCCAUGCACGUCAAGCACGUCAAGGUCCUAGAAGAGCUGCAAACAAUAAUGAAUCAACUCCAAUGCUUUUACAACUUCUUCCACUUUUGAUUCUUGGUUUAUUCAGUCUUCUUUCUUACGCUCCAACACUUUUCUCUACGCCCGAUCCGCAAUUCGAUUGGACUCCUUCAGCCCAUUUCCGAACAGAACGUCAUACGCCAACGCAUAAUGUCAAAUAUUAUGUUGAUCAAAGUACUUGGCAUACCCAUCCUUGGGUAGCAGCUGCUGCAAAAAUCAACGCAAAAGAUUCAGCCGUUCAAGCUGAAGCAAAUCGAGCAUCAUCAAAAUUGCAAGAUUUCGAACGAAGGGUAGAAAAUCAAUUCAAAAAUUCAUUAUAUCGUGAUUGUCAACGCAGACGUGAAUAUCAGGAAAGAAGGAUCAAUGCCGCUCAAGGAACGCUCUUUGGUAUCGGAGCAGAUCGAGAGGCAGAAAAACGAAUUCGAUCUGAAAGGUAUGACAGCUGCGAAAGACUCAAAGAUUUCGGAAUCAAUUUUGGUAUUCAGAUAUAGUUCAAAAUCAUUCUCACACUUGCAUUCGAUUUCAUGUUUAAUUUAUCAUUCAUUCAAUAGACUUUCACACAAUCUU